CUGCCUGCUCUUCCUGCAUUCAUCCCCUAGCUGCCCACCUUCCCUUAGAAAGGAGCAAGUCCAGAGUGGGCCUCUGUCCAGAAUUCUGCAGAAGAAUCCAGGUAUUUCAGGAGAGCAGAAUCUCUUUCUUUCCAACACCAGCAAUGGGAAGAGGUGACUAAAGGAAAAGAAAGUCCUACACAGAAAACUGCCUGAGACAUGUGAAAGCCAACCCUGAGAACAAACCUCUCUUCCAGGUAUUACCACCAAAAAGCCAUUGUUCCCCUCAAAGAAACUGCAGGGUUUGACUCUAACCUAGAGGUUGGUCCUUGUCUAAUACGGCACAUGGAUCUGAACUAGACACUUUCCAGGCACUCAGACCGAUGCAGUCACAGGAGAAAGGGUGGCUGGGGUGCCGUGAUGGGAGGAGCUCCCGGCCCAGCCUGAGGCCCCAGGGCUCAGGGGCCCACUCGGAUUGUGCCAGAGAGCGAGAGGGGAACUGGGGUUUGUGCGCAUUGUGGCUUCUGUUUCCUGUUUCAGCAAGGUUGUUGUGCAAAAGAAAGACUGCACAAGAAGGGAAACGCUAAGGGCCCAGAGCCACGGACUGAGAAUUUGCACUUUACUGGGCCCCUGCAGUAGUGCUCCACCGAGGCCAGAGCCACGAUCUGCCUGCCGGGACUGCAGCGUUCUCCUGAGCAGCCGGGACCUGGAGAUCCAGCGGCUAUUCAGGGAACUGGAACCCAAGCGCAACAGGUGCCCAGGAGGGCAGCAUGAUCAGCCCAGACCCCAGGCGCUUCCUUGGCUUGGCCCGCCGGGCUGAGAGCUACGAGGCCAAGUGCGAGCGACGGCAGGAGGCCAGGGAGAGCCGCCGCUGCAGGCCCAACGUGACCAUGUGCCGCCAGGCGGGGAGGGUGCUGAGGACCCAGCAGAGGGAGCAAGUCCGGAGCGCGCGGCAGCUGCAGUUCUUCAGGAGGAGGAACUUGGAGGCAGAGGAGACGGGCCAGGCCCAGCGUCUCUGGGCCAGGGAGCAAGGCCCCUGCAGGAGGGCAGGACGGACAGCUGUCUUCGAGGAGUCUCGGUCUUAUUCCAGGAGGACCACUUCCCCCGCACAGCAGGUGACAGGGACCAGCUCCGAGGCCUUUCCAAUCCAGGGUCGUCCUCCCUCAAGUGUCCACAGGGAUCUGGCUGACCUCUGCUCCUCACAAGCAGGGGCCCUUCUGCCGCGAGACUCUCCCAUCAAGAGGCCACCCAAACGCCACUGUGGCACUCAGACGAAGGCAGAUGACACACAGCCAGCAAUCAAGAACGAUGCCAGUCUGCAAACCAAUUCCGGAGUCGCAGUUCUAGAUAAGGAAAUCAUCCAGCUUUCCGAGUACCUCAAAGAGGCCCUACAAAGGGAGCUGGUCCUAAAACAGAAAAUGGUGAUUCUUCAAGACCUACUCUCCACCCUGAUUCAGGCCUCUGACAGCUCCUGGAAGGCUAGCUGUGUCUCUGAGCCCCAAGCUCCCGGUGUCUGCAUGGAAGGUCAGCAGCAGGGACAGCUUAAUGAGGACAAGCUGAAGGGCAGACUGAGGUCCCUGGAGAACCAGCUCUACGCCUGCACCCAGAAAUACUCCCCUUGGGGAAUGAAAAAGGUGCUGUUGGAGAUGGAAGACCAGAAAAACAGCUACGAGCAGAAGGCCAAGGAGUCACUGCAGAAAGUACUGGAGGAGAAAAUGGGCGCAGAGCAGCAGCUGCAGAGCACACAGCGGGCCCUGGGCCUGGCAGAACAGAAGUGUGAGGAGUGGAGGAGUCAGUAUGAGGCUCUGAAGGAGGACUGGAGGACCCUGGGGGCACAGCACAGAGAGCUGGAGAGCCAACUCCAUGGGCUUCGGUCCAAACUGCAGGGAGCAGAUAGUAGAGACGCACAGAUGAACCAGGCCCUGCGACUUUUGGAGAAUGAGCACCAGGAACUGCAGGCCAAGAUUGAAUGCCUGCAGGGGGACCAGGACCUGUACAACUCGGAUUCCCGGGACCUGCAAGAUCAACUAAAGAGGUCUGAGGAGGAGAAACUCGCCCUGGUGACUAGAGUACAGCAGCUGCAGAGUCUGCUUCAGAAUCAAUCCUCACAGCUUCACGAACAGGAGAAACUCUUACAGAAAGAUCAGGCUUUGCCUGUGUGGACACCAAAGCCUUCCCCAGAAGUGGAGCCUGAGAGUACAGGGAAGGACAAAGACUGGGAUCUCAGAGACCAGCUGCAAAAGAAGACUUUGCAGCUCCGGGCCAAGGAACAGGAGUGCACAGAACUGCAUUCAGAGUUAGACAACCUCAGAGGCGAGUACCUCUCCUGCCUGCACAAGCUACAGCGCUGUCGUGAAGAGCUGAACCACAGCCUGCAACUGCCUCCCAGAAGGCGAUGUGGCCGAUGGCUCCCGAUGCUGAUGGUGGUGAUUGCUGCAGCACUGGCAGUAUUCUUGGCCAACAAAGACAGCCUGAUGAUCUGAAAAACUUGUGACAGUUGCGUAGGGUAAAAAUCAAAACCAAGCGGUUCAACGUAAAACUCAGGUUGGGGUAUUUCAUAUCUUGGGUUCUCCCUCCAAAUAAACUGGGAUUUCUGAGUUUUUUAUUUUUUUAAGAUACUGUAAAUAAAUGUUACCUUACCAAA